CGCAUCAGCUCUGGCUGCCUGCACGCCUCGUCUUGCCUCUCUCCUCUUCACCACCUCCGCCAGCACUGCUCCAACAACACCUCGCCCACCUGCAAACACCGAGCGGAGCAGGUUCUCCCUCCCUCCCGCCUGCCUCUCGCCUUCCUCCAGCUGCUUCUCGCCGCUUCGAGUCGACGCUCGGCCGGCGCCCGCCAGCAAACGUCAUCACCGCCCUUCCAAACACAGCUCCCAUCAUCCGCACGCUCCGACCUCGACACACCCACAACCUACAUCCGCGCCGCCAACAUGGCAUCAACACACAACAGCAGCGCCGUGUCGCAGGACACGCUCAUCACUAUCAAGAUCAGCGUCAACGAGCAGCUCAAGAAGCUGAAGCUGCCGCUGCGUGAUCUGGGCGCCUCCGUGCUGCCGGACAAGCUUCGCCAUGUGCUCGACAUCAAGCCUGAGCAGCACGUCGUGCUCGAGCGCUUCUCCGACUCCGCCGGCGGCUACAUCACCCUCGACCAGAGCAAUCCUCAAGUCUUCAAGACACUGAUCCGUGCAGCCAAGGCCAAGGGGAAGCUGCGCCUGAAGGCCACCGUGAGCCCUCUCGAGACUCCACAAGAAAAGGAAGCAGUUGAAGUCAAGGUGGCUCCGAAGCAGAUGGAUCCAGUCAUUGUGCGUAGCUCAAUGCAACCGGCACAGGUGCUCCGCAGCAUCCGCUCACAGCCAAACCAGGCUCCACAGCCACGCGAGUCCGUGUCUCUGGAUCAGCGGUCCAUUGGCAGCGGUAUCUUCCAAUUCCGCGAUGCCUUGAACAGCCAACAGACGCUCGUUGGCAACGAAGCUCCAGUGCCACGACCAUUCCUCGACCAGUCCGCUUUCCUGAACCAUUUGGCAGCUCCAGCUAUGUCUCAAAAGCUGCCUCUUCGUCCACGCGAAUCAGUCGACUCGGCCAAGCGACCCCACCGCGACGACUACUCGGUCUAUUGCAACAUCUGUGGUGUUGCUACCCCCGAUGUUCACUACCACUGCAGUAUCUGUGACGAUGGCGACUAUGACCUAUGUCAAGGCUGCGUAGACAGCGGCAAUGCUUGCCCAGGCGAGGGUCACUGGCUGAUCAAGCGCUUCUCCAAGAAUGGCGCAUACGUCAACAGCACCACUACACGCCUUUCAUCUCAAGAAUCGAACGCUGCCCCGGAGGUCGUGGUCGAGCAGAAGAAGGAAAUGCCAGGCACGUUCACAGAUGAUGUCAAGGCGGUUACGGUGGAGACUCGUAUGCCAACACGCACUUGCAACAAUUGCGUGAUCGUGCUUCCGGAACGCGAAUUCGUUACUUGCGUUGCGUGUGAGGACUUUGAUCUUUGCAUCCAGUGCCACGUCGCCGACAAGCACGGUCAUCACCCAGCUCACGCCUUCGAAGCUUCGACCGGUGAGACUAUGCUGCCCCUGGCAUCUCAGACCAAGUUGGCCCCAGGCCGCAACGUUCGCCACAACGCUAUCUGCGAUGGCUGCGACAAGACUAUCUACGGUGUCCGCCACAAGUGCCUAAACUGCCCCGACUGGGACUACUGCAAUGAUUGCGUUGGCAAUGCAUCGCUCAAUCACCCAUCGCAUCGCUUUGCGGCGCUGUACCAGCCCAUUGCUGACCAGAGCCCAAAUGUGGUGCGCCACUUCGGCAUCUACUGCGAUGGACCUCUGUGCAGCAAGAAGCAAGAGCCAUCCUUCAUCAUCGGUGUCCGCUACAAGUGCACCAUCUGCCACGACACGGAUUUCUGUGCCUCUUGCGAAGCUCUCCCCGGAAAUCACCACAACCGCACUCACCCACUCAUCAAGCUCAAGACUCCCGUCCGCCACGUCAGUGUCUCUACCGAGAAUGAGAACCAACGCGGUCACGUUCGCGUCAUGGGAGACCGCGGUGCUACAUCACUCAACGCUCCAGUCACUGCACCAUCUCCAGUUCAGACUGUUGCUGAAAUCAAGCCUACUGAGGUCAAGAAGGAGGCAGAGCCAAUCAUUAUCCCCGUUAAGAAGUAUGAGGCUCCUGUAGCUCCGCUCGUUCAGCCCAAGUCGCUCCUGCCAUCGUCUCUGCUAGACGCACGCUUUGUGCGCGACACCAUCGCCGACGGCACAGUGGUUGAGCCUGAGACUCGCUUCACACAAGUUUGGACCUUGAGGAACCCUGGUCCUUUCGCUUGGCCAAGUGGAUGCAGCGUACGCUACGUGGGUGGCGACAACAUGCUCAACGUCGACAACAGCCAUCCAGCUUCUGUUGCCGCUAUCAACGAGGCCACUGAGAGCAACGUCGUUGGCCGCGAGGUCGGCGUCGGAGAGGAGGUCGCCUUCAAGGUAGUCAUGAAGGCUCCUGUCCGUGAAGGCAAGAGCAUCAGCUACUGGCGUGUCAAGGCUGCCGAUGGCACUCCCUUCGGUAACCGUCUGUGGUGCGACAUUGAGGUCAAGAAGGCCGAGCAGAAGGUGGUGCCUGCUGUACCAGUGGCGCCAAUGGUUCCACGCAUGCCCAUUCGUGGUCAGAGUGGUACUCGCGCUACUGUGCCACUGUCACUGCGUGGACACCCACCAAUGCCGUCAGAGCAGCCACCCGCGUACAACAGCAUGGACGGUAUGAACCUCUCUGCCCGUCUCGCCGUUAUGCGCGAGCAGCAGAAGCAGCGUCGCGAGCAGAUGCUAGCCGCACUCAAUGCCCAGCGUGAGCAGCUCGUGUCUCAAGGCUUCAAGCGUGAGGAUAUGCCAGGCUGGGUUGGUCAAAGCAACCCGCAAAUGGGCAAGGAUGCUCUGCGACAGCGCGUAGCUCACAUCAAGGCGAACAUUCAGAAGACCCGUGACGAGCGUGAGAGACUGCAAGCCGAGCACGCGAGAUUCGAAGCCGCGGCCGCCGAGAAGAAGGCCGAGGAGCAGACUGCCAAGGUCAAGCAGCUUGUCCAGGAUAUCGCCGAGCAGGCGGAGGCUGAGGUUCAGGCCGAGCUUGAGCGCAGCCAGAUGGUCUUCCCCAAGCUUGACAAGGAGAGCCCAGCUAGCAGCACCUACGAGUCGGCCACGAGCAGCUCGCACAAGGGCAAGGCGGCAUACGUUGAGAACGAAGACGGCGAGGUAGAGCGUUCUGCUACUCCAGCUCAAGCCUCGACUGCAGCUCCUGUUGUCACUUCGCCUUCCUUUGCCGGAGACGACUUCGUCGACAUUGACGAUGAGUUGGAGGUUCUGAGCGCCAACGACGAGGACAGCGAAGAUGAUGGCUUCUUGACCGACGAGGAGUACGACAUUCUCGAUGCUUCUGAUCAUGAGACUGUUGCUUCCCGCUAGGUGGACAUCGCUCCCCUGCACGCAGACUGACACAUUACGAAUCACACAAGAAGCGAAGACGAGCAAAAGCCUCCUGGCGCUCCCCUUUUAAGCAGAAAUUGACACGCAAAUUGUUUCAUGGGUUUAGGUUUGGGACGGAAACGGACAUGGCGAAGGUGGCGCAACGGUGCUGGGGUUGGACACAGUACUCUUGCUCCGACGUGCUACUACGUGCUUGUACUCUAAUAGGACAGUAACGAAUUCUCAUACGAC